AGAUGACAGUUGGGUGGGUCUUUCUGGCACUAAGCUGCCUGAGCUUGUCAGCAGGACUGCAGAGAACCAAUAAAUACGAAGGUUAUAAAAUCUAUGAAGUCUCUGGUAAAGCUCGUUCGGUAGCCUUUGCAGAAACUCUUUCCGAACUGGUCAAGAAUGCGUCAUAUUAUGAGGUGUUCUCGGAAUUUAAUGGUGAUAAUCCAGCCAAGAUUAUGGUGCAUCCUCAGGAACAGGUGAACUUUGUGCAGCUGAUGGAUGAGAAUAAUGUGCAGUAUGAUAUUAUCAACCGGAAUGUGGGUCUCACUCUGAGCCGUCAAUUCGAAACGAACCGGAUGUUACGCCAGUGGUUUCCCUACAAUGGAAGAUUGGGCACUGAGAGAUACUACAACCAUGAGGAGAUCAACCAGUUCAUCGAGGAUUUGGCAAGGGAGCAUCCGCGUAGGGUUUUCCUGAAAACCGUGGGUAGAAGUUACGAAGGUCGCUGGCUGAAAACCAUCACAAUCACCAAUGGCGAUGCCAGGCGCAAUAAGAAUGUGAUCCUCGUGGAUGGUGGCUUCCAUGCCCGAGAAUGGAUCUCACCGGCAGCUGCUACUUAUCUGAUCAACCAGCUGGUGUAUAAUCUCGAAGAUAAUGCCGAUCUUCUGCUGGACUUCGAUUGGGUGAUCCUUCCUGUGGUCAAUCCCGAUGGCUAUGAGUACACCCAGUUAUCGGAGGAUACUCGCAUGUGGCGCAAAACCAGGAAGCCCAGCAGUUCGGAUUGCAUUGGCACCGAUCCCAACCGUAACUUUGACUUCCACUGGAACGAGGAGGGUGCCUCGGAUGAUCCAUGUGAUAACAUAUAUGCUGGCGCCAAGCCUUUUUCAGAACCAGAGGCUCUGGUCGUUGGGGAUCUCAUCCAUAGCUAUGUGGAUCGCGGACAGAUGUAUUUGACUUUGCAUUCCUAUGGAUCACUUAUUCUGUAUCCUUGGGGCUGGACUGCAGCUGUUCCCGAUACAGAAGAGGAUCUGCAUGAGGUUGCUGCAGCAGGUCAAAGUGCUAUUCAGGAGGCCACUGGCACUAUCUAUACGAUUGGACCCUCUACCACAACCAUUAACUAUGCUGCAUCCGGAGCUAGCGAUGAUUAUGCCUUCAAUGCUGGCUUCCCCAUUUCCUUCACCAUGGAACUGCCCUUCGGUGGUACAGGAUUCGAUCCCCCGGCAUCGGAUAUAGAUAGCAUAGUCAAGGAGACCUGGGUGGGCAUUGCGGCCAUGGCCCGGAAAGUCAUACAAAAGUAUCCGCUUGCAUAAUACUAUAACAACAAAUUUGUUCGAUUAUUCAGUUUAUUGAUUUCAUGACCAUUGUAAACUAAACCGGGAGAACGCCGGUAUCUAAACGAUAAAGUCUUUGGUAAUUUUUGAAAAA